UUUUUCAGCAGCAGCAGCACCCAGCGGCUCACACGGAAACAUCAUCAUGGCAGCGGAGAGCGACGUGGUGUCUGAAAUCGAGGUGCUGCAGUCGAUCUACCUGGAUGAACUGCAGGUGGACAGGAGAGAGGACGGGGGCUGGGAGGUGAGCCUGGUCCUGUACCCGUCCACUGCGGAGGACUCUGUCUCCCAGUUUGUCCGACUCACCCUGACACUGACCCUCGAUCAGCAGUAUCCCUCGUCUUCUCCAGCCAUCUCCAUUCAUAACCCCCGGGGGCUUUCUGAUGACAAGCUCAGCAGUGUCCGAAAGUGUCUUCAGUUGGAGGCUCAGUCCUGUCUGGGUUCGGCAGUGUUGUAUCAGCUCAUUGAGAAAGCAAAAGAAAUCCUGACUGAAAGCAAUAUUCCUCAUGGAAAUUGUGUCAUUUGUCUCUAUGGAUUUCAGGAGGGAGAGACGUUCACCAAGACGAGCUGCUACCACUAUUUCCACUCCCACUGCCUCGGUCGCUACGCCAGCCACUCCGAGAGGGAGCUCCGCCAGAGGGAGAAGGAGUUAGAGGAGGACAAGACCAGAGAGAGAACAGACUAUCAGGAGCUGACUGUGGUGUGUCCAGUGUGUAGAGAGCCUCUGGCAUAUGAUGUUAAUCAGCUUCUGUCAUCCCCUGCACCCCAGCUGCCUGAGCUGGACGAAGCAGCGAUUGGUUCAGAUUUUCAACAAAAGUGGGUCGAACUCCAGAAGCUUUUGGAAAGACAGAGGGCCAAAGGUGGGAUCAUUGACCCGGAGGUGGAAUCGAAUCGUUUUCUCAUUCAUAUCAAUGAGGCUCCAUCUGUCGCUGAAAACGGAAACCUGGACGUAAAUAUCUCCACUGGCCCUGCGGUACCCUCUGCUUCUAAUGUUUCCCCUGAUGAAACUGGUAUCAGAGUGGACCAGUUUGUUCCUGGACUGUCCCACUGCAGAGGUGGUCAGGGCCAGAGGCAUCACAACCAGGUGAGGGGGCCGAGGAGAGGCAGGUCCAGACCUCAACACGGAAGAGCCGCCCCCAUCACAGAGCAGCUGGACAAACUCGCUCUGUCCUCAGACUGCACUGAAAGACCAACAAAAGCUCAAGCUCAAGCCCAAGCCCAAGGUAGCCAUGGCCAUCAGAUGCAAGUACAUGCAGAGUUAUGUCAGCCAAAGACAGGCAGGGAGGUCUACGCAGGGCAGCAAGAGAGGCAGGUUUCUCCCGACGGUCAGCCAGUGUGCAGGUCGGCUCUGGAGACCGGAUGCCAAAGAGAUGCUGCAGACUCUGCCGGCGGCCGUGGUCAUCGUGGACGGAGAAAGGGCCCUCACCGAUAUGUCUCGCACAGCGGGGGCCCUGGGCCCGCGCGAUGCCACUGGGACGGGCGAGCUUCGAGAAGCAGAGGAGGCGGGCCCCACCGGGGUCAUGGCAGGGGCUUCCAACAGAAGGUGGUAGAGAGAGAGAGGGCAAGAGAGGAGGUGCUAUGACAAAGGGCAACAGGAGGGCCAAUGAACAAAUGUACGUGUGCCUCCAUUAUGAGUUUGAAUAGAUUAAAACCCUGCAGCAGAAAUGACAUUCGCUGUAGUGUCCUAACCUCCCGCACAUCGCCGUUAUCCUGGUCUCUGAUAUGCCCUUUCAUGCACACUAAUAUCAGAUACCGAUGGUUGUUGUUUUUUGUUGUGAUGCAAUAUGACUUGAAAGAACCGCAAAUAAAAUUUUCUCUGGAUGUCAGU